CAUUAUGAUCAAAAUGAGAACAGAGGAAUGAAUGCAAUUUUUUUAAUUUUCCUUAAAAACUGUAGCGUUGGGUUUUUCUGGGACCGUAGACAGCAGCCUGGUAACAGAAAAAGGCCAUUGUGUACGGCACAAUGAGUGAAGAGGCCCCUGAUAGUAAAGGUGUUGAAGAUAACGUUCUUGACUUCAUACUUGAUGCUCACACAGGGGACGACUAUCUGACCUUGACUGGUGAAAUUGACGAAUCUACCAAGAAAGAAAAAGAAAAAGGAUCUGCCCAAAAAAGUUUUAAGAAAGAAGUUGUUAAAAAAGCUAAACCAGGAGUUAGAGUAAAAUCAGCCAAAUCAAAGACUGCUCAGAAUUCUGGAUCCGUUCCAGUAAAGAAAAAGUCAUCAAGUGCUAACUCUGUUAAGGCCAAGAAUUCCACAUCCAGUAAUUCCACUAAAACUGUAACUAAAUCUGAGAGCGAAAGUACUAAGGCUGUGGUGACUGGAGAAGAUAUUCCUGUCAAGAAAGAAGUGAAGAAAGUGAGGAAGGUCACUUCGAGUAAGUCUGCAGAGGGUGUUAAGAAAACGGUUACCAAAUCCAGUGGUGACAAGAAGGUUGUGAGAAAAGUAUCGAGUAAAGGAUCUUCUAAGAUUGCUCCAAAGAAAGCUGUCAGUAAGACACAGAAGGUUGUUGUGAAGAUAGAUCCAGAGGCGGAGUUUGAAGCAGAGCCUGAACCAGAACCUGAGCCAGAGCGUGAAUCGGUGGAGGAUUUUCAGGGUGAUAAUUCGGGUGAAGAAGAAAGUCACCUGGACGAAUCUGAUGAUAAACUGAACUUGAGUCUGACGGCCGAGGAACCUGAGGACAUCAAACCUGCUCCUGAACCAAUGGAGACACAGGCAUACGAUACCCGCAGUGAGGCGGGCUCCAGUGAGGGCGAGUCUACACACAGCGACACAGAAACAAGCAUUUCGGACUCGGGUGAAGAUGAGGAGAGAGUGCAGCGGUCCCGUAGUCCAAUAGACCGCGAGCGAGGAGAACGGGGGAUUUCCCCUAUAGAGUGGGACCAGAGGAGCGAGCAGGAGCACCAGGAGAGGGAGGCCAGGCGCUACUCCUCGAGAAUGAAGUACAUUUUCAGAGAUGCUCGUUAUUUCCUCAUCAAAAGUAACAACCAUGAGAACGUAGCUCUGGCCAAAGCUAAGGGGGUGUGGUCAACUCCACCCCAGAAUGAGGCUAAGCUUAACACAGCUUUCAGGGACUGCAGCAAUGUUAUCUUGGUGUUUUCUGUGAAAGAGAGUGGAAAGUUCCAAGGGUUUGCCCGCCUGGCCCAGGAGUCCACCAAAGACCACCCCCAGAUCCGCUGGGUGUUACCGGUCGGGCUCAGUGUGAAGGCGCUCAGUGGAGUCUUCAAAUUAGACUGGAUUAACAGGAAGGAGCUGCCUUUCACAAGAGCCACACACCUGCACAAUCCAUGGAAUGACAACAAGCCCGUCAAGAUAGGCAGAGAUGGACAAGAAGUGGCACCCAGCGUUGGAGAAACCCUAUGCAAGUUGUUCCCACCAGAUGAUAACGUGGAGUUAAGCCCCAUUGUGCGGAAAGCGCGGAGAGCGUCGCAUCGAUCUUCUCACACACGGGAUCGCCGCAUGGAACGCCCAUGGGGACCAUCACGGCAUGGAGAUUUUCCUAGGAGGCGACGUCACCAUGACGAUGUAUUCGAACCACCUCGUCGUAAAAGAAGCCGACACGACUAUGAUCAUCGUGAUGGGUUCUACAGAGACCGAAGAGAUGGGAGAGGCUCUCAGCGGUACUCUGGCGUUAGAAGAGAGACCUUCAUCAAUGGGUCGUACAGUGACUACAUGAGGGAGUUUCACCACACCAGACCACCCCCACCUCCAGGUGUACCACCUUACUGCCCACCUCCACCUGGUUAUGGCCACAUGGAGGCCAUGGCCCCUUAUCCUGGUCACCAGUAUAACCGGCCCCCUCGGGAUUACGGCCCACCCCCAGACUACCAUCAUGGAGGCCCACCCCCUAAUGCCCGGUCAAGUCGACCAGAACACAAGAGGUCAAGGAACAGCCGAUCAUAUGAACGGGAUGUGGAUGACUUCCUGCGCCGCACCACGCAUGGAACCAGCCGAGAUCGUCACAGACAUCGUGACAGGCGAUGAGCAAUGGAGAUCACUUCAGCUGGUUAGAGAGUGUCUGUUAAUCGUGAUAAAACCCUACAUGAGUUUGACAUCUGAAUAAAAGUUAGUUUUGUAACUGAGUCAUUUGGAGGCUGUGCUCUCAUGAAGAGAAACUGCUUAGUAGUGAAUUUGUGCAAAUGAGAUUUUCCCCAUUGUGGUUUUAUAUGGGAAGCCCGUGAGCCAGUUAAAUCAGAAGAAAGUAAGAAUUAUGGUGCAGUUAAAGAAAAAAAAAAUUAUAAUACUGUAGAGUAUCGUUUUUUGAAAAUUUUCAAUUAUUCGUAUGUGGACGGAGGCAUAUAGAAGAAUAAGAUUGUAUGGUUAUUUAAAUUUUGAUGUUUAAGAGUUUUGCUCUCUUUUGCAUUUCUGAAACUUUUCCUUUAGAGAGGGUUACAUGCAUUUAUGAGCAGCAUCAUCUACUGUGCUGCGUAAGUGUCUGACAGUUAUCAGUCUUGACACAGUCGAUGAAGGAGUGGUUAAGAGUUGGCAGGGUUAUCAGUAUGCCCUUUGAAUGGCAACUUUUCAGUAACCAGUAAAAUGUUCCGUUGUCAGAGUAGUGUUUUCUACUGUAUUAAUUAAUACAUUACCUGCCGUCUGAAAUGUUUUGUGUUUUUUUUUCAUAUAUACAUUUAUCUGUCAUUCUUCAUCACUUACUUUUUUUUUCCUGAAACAAAUGACGUCUGAUCGAGUACAGUGAGAGGGAUGCAAUUUUAUGAAUGAUAGCUAAGUGAAGGUGCUGACACAUCUUAAGGCUUGGGGAAUAAUGAUCAGGUGCUAAUGGCUGAUUACUUAGGCUGUCCUCUGGUCAGUAACGACAUGUAAAUAGCAUUUGGCUUCAUCACAUUAAUUUGUUAGAAACAUUUUGACAUGUUACGUUCACAUGUGCUUAAUGCUCAUUCAUUUCGCCAAUUUUUAGUACGAGGGACCUAGUGAUUCCAGUCCAUUAGGUGAUUGUUCCUUUUUGUUAACGUGGAUUUGUAACACUGUGAAUUGUCUAGGUCAUUGGGUGAAGAACAUUGUCGUUUUUAUUGCGGCUAUGCCUACGUAAUUCAGAUUCGACAUUUUCAUUUCACAACACUAAUUUUUUUCCUGAAGAUCAUUUUAUUGUGUGGACAUUAUAUUUUUAGUUUUGUGAAAAAUGAACAUUUUGGACAUCUUGUAAAUAUGAUGUGCACAAUAAAAGUC